CACGGCGACGCGGUCUACUGCUGCGCCUUCGCGCCCAACGGCGACGCCCUCACGGGCGGCGGCGACGACCGCGCCUUCCUCCACUUCGGGGCGGGCUCCGGCGCCGCCUCGAGGUCCGUGGAGCUCGGCGGCCACACGGACAGCGUCACGACGUGCGGCUUCAGCCACACGGGCACCUUCGCGGCGACGGGCUCCUACGACGGCACGGUCAAGCUCUGGGACGCGACGACGGGCAACCUCGCGCGGACCCUCGACGGGCCCGGGGACGUCGAGUGGCUCAAGUGGCACCCGAAGGGCGACGUCGUCCUCUGCGGCUCGGGCGACGGCACGUGCUGGAUGUGGCUCGCGACGUCGGGCGGCUGCAUGCGCGUCUUCGCGGGCCACGAGGGCCCCGUGCUCUGCGGGGCCUUCACCUGCGACGGCAAGCAGAUCGUGACCGGCUCCGCGGACGGCUCCGUGCGCGUCUGGGCGCCGAAGAAGGGCGUCUGCAAGCACGCCUGGUUGCCCCGGGGCCACGGCGCGCCGCCGGGCGACCGCGGCAUGCUCCUCAUGUCCAACGGGGCCAUCACGGCCCUCGACGUCCACCCGUCGGACCCCGAGCUCGUCGCCGCGGCGGCGGAGGACGGCACGGCCGUCGUGCUCCACUGCAAGUCGAAGAAGAUCGUCAACGUCCUCGAGCACGCCGACCCGGCCUACGCCGUGGUCUGCGUCGCGUUCUCGCGGGACCCGGACACGUGGGUCGCGACGGGCUCCGUCGACGGCUUCCUCAAGGUCUGGGACUUCGCGAAGUUGCCCGCGCGGCCGCGCGUGUCGCUCGUCCACAACACGGCCGUCGUCGCGCUCGCGUGGUUCCCGAAGGCCGCGAAGCUCGUGUCGUCGUCGGCGGACCUGUCGGUGAAGGUCUGGGACGCGCGGAGCGGCGCCUGCGAACGGGACCUCCGGGGCCACACGGAC